AUGAGACUCCCUCAGUCGCUUUUCCUGCUGGCUGUGGCCGGGUCUACUGCCCGGGCAAGCAACGACAAAGUUCCACGCCCUCGAGGUGUUGCCCCGGAGUUCACCAAGUUCUACCAGGACCAAGAGACCUUCACCUGCAUUUCGAAUCCCUCGGUUAAGAUUCCAUUCUCCGCCGUGAAUGAUGACUUCUGCGAUUGCCCGGACGGCAGUGAUGAGCCUGGCACAUCUGCCUGCUCACACCUCUCCCGUAACUCGCCAUUGACGGUGGCAGAACGUCCGGGAAAUAGCGACCAAGAGCUCGCUGUCGCAUUGCCCGGAUUCUACUGCAAGAAUAAGGGCCACCGGCCCUCCUUCGUGCCAUUCCAGCGUGUCAAUGAUGGAAUUUGCGACUACGAGCUGUGCUGUGAUGGUAGUGAUGAAUGGGCCCGCCCUGGAGGCACCAAGUGCGAGGACCGCUGCAAGGAGAUUGGUAAGAAGUGGCGGAAGGAGGAGGAGCAGCGACAGAAGUCUAUGACUGCCGCGUUGAAGAAGAAGAAGGAGCUUCUUGUGGAUGCUGGACGACAGGUCCAGGAAAUUCAAGACCAUGUUAUCCGACUGGAGGCUGAGAUUAAGGGCUCUGAGAUCAAGGUUGAGGGCCUUGAGGCUGAGUUGAAGAAGGCCGAGGAUGAGGAGCGCAAGGUGGUUAGGAGUUCUGGAAAGGGCAAAGGCAAGGUCAAUGCGCUUGCUGGUGUUGCCAAGGGCCGAGUUGAAGAAUUGCGUGAUGCGCUCUCUGUUGUUCGUGGACAGAGAGACGAGACUCGUUCCCGACUGAAGGAGCUUGAAGAUAUCCUCUCUAAAUUCAAGGUUGAAUAUAACCCUAACUUCAACGACGAGGGUGUCAAGCGCGCUGUUCGCGGUUGGGAGGACUAUGCUGCCCGUGAGCUUGGCAACGAUGAGAAUGCCGACGAGGAGCGAGAUUUGGAUGAAAUUGCCAAGCCUGAUGAUGAGAACUCCGGCGUUGACUGGGCACACUGGGAGAACACGGAGGAUGGCUGCAACGAAUCUGAUAUACUAUACAAGCUUGCCGCCUGGCUUCCACCUACUCUGGUCAACUUCCUCGAAGACCAGUUCUUUUCCCUAAAGGCAUUCCUCGAAUCCAGUGGAAUCAUCGCCAAGACCGAGGAAGGCUCGACCUCAGAAUCGAAGGCUCUGACUGAGGCGCGCAAUGCCCUCAAGUCCGAGGAAGAUACUUUGAAAGAUCUUAAGAACAAGCUUCGCGACCAACACGCCGACCUUGAAAAGGACUACGGCACCGCUGGGAUUUUCCGUGCCCUCAAGGGACAGUGUAUUAAGCAAGAUGCCGGCGAGUAUACUUAUGAGCACUGCUUCUUGGAAGACACCAAACAACUCCAAAGGAAGGGUGGCUCGUCCAUGUCCAUGGGCAAGUUCGUUCGGAUUGGCUACACGAGCGUCGAGGAGCUGAACGAGACGGGAGAUGUCAUUUCCAUCGAGAAGAUCUCACUCGAGUACGACAACGGCCAGCACUGUUGGAACGGACCUAACCGGUCGACCAAGGUUGUCUUGGAGUGUGGUGAACAGAACGAGAUCCUCAAGACGGCUGAAGACGAGAAGUGUGUCUACUCGAUGCUCGUCACAACUCCAGCCGUCUGCCCUGGUGGCGAUGAGGGUGACAGCGUGCCUCGGUCGAAAGACGAGCUGUGA